GCGCGCGAGACCUUGGAACCGCGUGCUCCAAUUCAGCCUCCAUGUUGACAGUUGCUGGUCUUCUCAGAUGUGAAGUCCAGAUUUGCGCUUGAGACUGUAAGUCACUGUUGAGACUGUGAGUCGCUCAUAAAGGUGAAUCAUGCCUAGGAAGGUUAACAGGAUUGAAUCCAGAAGAAAGGAGGAAGAAAACCGUAAUCCACAGAUUGCACACAUCUUCAAUUACAAGCGCUAUAUCACCUUCCUUACUGGCUGCUACAGUUGCCAUUGGAAAUUCAGACGGUGGGAAAAAACUAAACUUGGAUCCUGUUGCUGCACUCGGAGAGAACAAUGCUUUUGUGUGUUCCUGGCAGUUGCAUUUGUCUUCUCUGUGAUCAUGCUCUUCACAUGGAUAGAAACCUCUAAUGAGUACUUCGGCUUUGACUGUGUCCUUCUGCCAUGCCACCCUGCCUUGCAGAUUAUGGACAGAAACCUCUACAAACUGGUCGUUUUUCUAGUAACAGGAGCCUGGUUCUUCUGGUCCAUUCUAAUGCUGAGUUUAUUUGGGAUACUGACUGUCUACACUUCGUUGUUAUUGAUACUUGGAGUUUUGUUGCUUUGGGAGAGGAUUGAGCUAUAUCUGCACACAUGUCAUAAGAUCCUGAUUGUGUUAAUGAUCCUGGUGCACAUUUUCUUAAUGGUGAUUUUAUUCAAAUUCUGGAAUGAAAGGUGGCUGGUAGUUGGGCUGUCACUGAAGAUCUUUGCUCCUUACGUGCACCUGAGCUGCAUAAUUCUGAUGGUUAUCAUUUCCUGGCCUCUGACCUUCUACGUGGUGCAUUUGGAAGGAAAAAUUAGAAUAAGAAGACACAGAAUGGCAUAUUACGAGAAAGAAAGACUCAAGAAAUGUAAUAUAUUCACAAGGUUAAGAGCUCUACAAUUGGCUGUUGGAUUGCCCUUUUUUCUUAUUCUCAUAUGUCUCUAUGCGAUGCCACUGGGGAUUUAUUCUCCCUGCAUUCAAGAGAAGGAAGAGUUGGGACCUAAGCCAGCCUUCUUUGCACACAGAGGUUCACCCAUGGCAGGGCCAGAAAAUACCAUGAUGGCCUUUGAGAAAGCUGUUGAAGAAGGAGCCUCUGGUCUGGAGACUGAUGUACAUAUAAGUUUUGAUAAUGUGCCUUAUCUCAUGCAUGACUAUGACUUGAGAAGAACAACCAAUAUCAGAGAGGUCAUGCCAGAGGCUGCUUAUAGUCACCCUUCCUCCUUCAAUUGGACUACUUUGUCAACUCUGAAUGCUGGUGAAUGGUUCGUACGGCCAGAGACGAGACCAUUUUUCAAUAUGAAACGUCUAUCACAGGCUGAUAAAAAACGAGCAAGAAACCAGUCAAUUCCACGACUAGCUGAUUUAUUGAAAAUUGCAAAGAAGGAAAAAAAAAUUGUGAUAUUUGAUCUUUUUGGCCCUCCACAAAAACAUCCUCUCAGACACACAUUUGUCCAUCAGGUAGUAAGCGUGAUCCUUGCUUCUAAAAUUGAACAAAAUCUGAUUUUUUGGUUGCCAGGUCAUGAUAGGCAGUAUGUCAGGUUCAUGGCCCCUGGUUUUCAGCAUGUGGGCCGUUUAGUCUCUGUUGAACACCUAACAAAAGAAAAUAUCAGUAUAAUAAAUGUGGACUACAAGAGGUUAUUCUACAAAGGGUUAAGGGAUUAUCAAGCAGCUAAUAUCUAUAUCAAUUUAUACAUUGUAAAUGAGCCUUGGAUUUUCUCACUGGCCUGGUGCUCCAGAAUUAACUCAGUGACAACAGACAACAUUCCAGUUCUGAGUCAGCUUACUCACCCUCACUUCUUCAUGACACCACGGUAUUAUCUGUCCAUAUGGCUCCUCCUGGAUAUUGUUUCUGCAAUUUUCAUUGCUGCCAUAUUUUGUUUUCACUGGUGGAGAGAGGUCAAAGAAGAAAAAUUGCUUGAAGCCUCCAGAAUUUUCAGAGAUUCUCAAAGUUUAAGCCUCUCUGUGGAACAAAGUGAAAGUCAAGAAGCUUCACACUUACCUAAAAAGUCUCCUCCCCGAGUUGGAGAAAGUCCUUGGACUCCAGCUUUACCUGGUAGCAGAAGGAAACUCUCACACACUUCCCAUUUUGAAGAACACCUCAAGAAGAAACCAGGGUCUAUUAAGAUCACUCAGAACACCGUUGGACCACUGAUGCCCACCACAGACUUUGAAGACAGCCAAGUACCCACCAACUGGGGGCCUGCUGGUGAAGCUGCCCCUCAAUCUACAUUACUCACCACGAAGGCAGAUGAACUAACAGUGCCCUUCACAGAGGCCCCCUAUCCUGAAAUACACCCAAAGACACCCGUAUUAGAACCUGCCAAAGAAUCCAAUCCAUCCGACAUCCCCUUAUAGAAUGUCAUUCAAGCAGAAGUAGCCACACAUCACCCUCUUCUUCCUCUCUGUGCCUAAGAGUAGUGAUGCUGUGGAGUGGUCAAGAAGGCACAUAGAAGGAAUAUUGAGGCUGUCAGGAGUACCAUUCUGGUCCAGCCUUUCUAUAAAGAACGCAUCCUAAAGGGUAAGGCGAAACAGUGAUGUGUGGUUUUGGGACUGGAGCUGAUUGUUCUCUGGGUUAACGCUUUCAUUGUAUUUUCUGCUAAAGGAGUGACUGUGGUGAAUGUCAGCAUUUAAUAAACGCAACCUUUGAGGAAG